GGGGGGGGGGCUGCGCUCUGCGUAUCUUCCCAGGGGAGGAGAAGGAUGGUCCCCAAAGAUAAGCCUCCAGGGACUCAGUCACUUGUACGGAGGACACCUGGGCAGGUCUCCUACCAGCCUCCAUGGACUGAGAGGGUCAAGAGAGAGGUCCAAACGGAGCAAAGCCAGGGGGGCUCUGUGGUGAGAGAUGCUUGUUCUUCCUUCGUUCCUUCCUUCCAAAAUGUUGCCCAGGACCAUCCUCUUCUUCCUCCUUCUUCUCUUCCUCCUCUUUGCCAUUAGCAAAGGCCAGACUCCUUGCAGUGGAACCGGGACACAUGACUGCCCAAAGCCUGGCGAAGAUGUCUACACCAAAACCAGGGACAUCACGGAGAUCCCCAAGACCCCCGACCCCAGCAUUACGAAGAUGUUCUUUGUGCAAACCAGCCUCACUGAAAUCCCUGCGGGAGCCUUCCGAAGCAGGCCCAACCUGGUGACCCUGGAGUUCAUAGACAACAAGAUCCGGACAGUCGAGGCCGGAGCCUUUGACGGCCUGGAGAAACUGGAGGAAAUGGAAAUGUCCGGGGCCCAGUUGGGGAGUUUGCCCGUUGGCACCUUCCGGGACCUGCCUCACUUGAAGAAGCUCAACCUGAAGAACUCCCAAAUCACCUGGUUGGAGAAGGGUCUCUUUGACCACCUUGGAAACCUGGAGGAGAUGUACCUGCACAUGAACAGGAUCCCUUCCCUUCCUGACGGGGUCUUUGAUGAGCUUCCAAAACUCAGCUAUCUACACUUGGCCGACAACAGAAUUUCCAGGAUCCUGAGGGACACCUUCAGGCCCCUGACCCAGUUGAAGACCCUUCGGUUGCACAGGAACCAGCUCAGCAGCCUCUCAGAGGGAAGCCUGGACAGCCAGCAUAGCUUGACCGAGCUCAACCUCGCCAGCAACAAGAUCCGGACCCUACCGCCCAAUCUGCUGAGGAACCUGUCCAACCUGGGCAAGCUUUUCCUGGAGAAGAACCAGAUCGAGGUUCUCCCCAAUGGGACAUUCUCCGGGUUGAGGAAGCUGCAGCUGCUGAACCUGGCUUCCAACCAGCUGAAAGCACUCCCUGAUCAGAUGUUUGGAGAGAUGCCUCAGCUCUCUGAGCUCGACCUGAGCAAGAAUUGGAUUUCUUCUGUGGAGGGCCUGGUGCCGUCUUCUCUGCCACAGGUGGCUACCCUCAGGCUCAACCAGAACCGUCUGGAGAACGUCCCUGAAGGUCUCUUUGACAACUUUGGGAAGCUGACCUCGGUGUAUCUUGGUGAGAACCCAUGGCGGUGUGACUGCCACCUUCGCCCCUUCCUCCAGUGGAUCAGUGGUCAUCCCAAAAAAGUGAAGGAUGCCUCCAAGGUAACGUGUGUGAGCCCUGAUGAUCUUGCUGGGAAAGCGGUCAGAUCUCUGACGGAGGAACAACUGAUCUGCCUGACCACCAGCCCCCCUUCCACCACCAUGGGCACCACGAAAUUGACCACUGCCACUACCAACAGAAAAGCCACCACCCUUCCAGCUGCCACUGAGAAAUUCUCCACAACCUAUGUUACUACAAUCACCAUCCCCAAGACUACUCCUGCCAAAGCUCCCACCACAACCUCCGAAAUCCCCACCAGCCCAGGGGUAUCUGCCACAACUCCAAGGAUUGUUCUCACCUCAGAAAGUCCCACUGAAACCUCACAGAUCGUGACCACCAGUAGGACCUCUCCUGAUACCACCAGCAGCAGGAGAGAAACACCAACUCCACAGAUAAUCACCACUCACUCAGCUAUGUCCACAGAGACACAGCCUCAGACCACUGUGGAGGCUUCAAGUACAACCUCUGCAUCCAUCACAACCAGAACCACAACCCCUACAGUGGCCUGGAUGGUCAGUGAGACUUCCUCUGCCACCUUCGAAAUCAGCGCUUCAGUCAAGAAACACUCCAAAACCACCACUGAGAUUUCUGAUGUAGCCUCUGAGUCCAUCACAACUACAACUCCCCAAAUUACGUCAACCACAACCAAUGUCCCAUCUACAACCCCUCGAGUCACAAGCAUAAGGAAUAUCCAAGGCACAGUCAAUGAGUUCACCGUAGGUCAGACUUGGAUGCCAUGGAUGACCACAGGAGCAUUUCUUGGCACCAGCCCCUCAACUACCACCAUGCAGGUUGUCACCAAGGCCACCACAGCACCUACAGUGGCCUCCGAUGCCCCCACAAGUAUCCCUGAAAUGACCAGCACAUCUCCAUCACGCAAGACCUCCCAAGGUGAGACCUUAUCUCCUGUAGGCACAACUGCAAUGUUCUCCAACACCAGUUCUCUCAUUCACUGUCCCUCUAAACCCUCCUCCACACCUGCAGCACAAAGCCCCUCCCAGACCCCCACCCUACAUGCUUCAGUGGCCACACUGGCAGGUACUUCUCCCCUUAUGGACACGACCACAAUGCCCUCCCCUCACUCCACAUCCAACAGCACUUGGAGCUUCCCCGUUUCCCCCUUCCCAGCGGCAGGGACUUCUCCCCAAAGCUUUGGUGUCUCUGGGCCUCGAUCCCAGAGCCAGGGCUGGGGCUUCUUCCUGAGCAGCAAUUACCAUUACUGCCGAGUGGCGUGUGUGAUGUACUCCACCAUGCUGUGCAUUGAAGUCUGCUGCACGGCAGCCUUGGCCACAUUUGUGUACACACUGCGCAAGGCCACAAGCAUCCAAGAGGCCCCGGUGGGUUCUGUGAGGCUGGUGGACAUCAGGCGCAGGAAGGAGAAGCUCUGAAGGGCUGCAGGGAGCAGGAAAGGCAGCUCCUUCGCCUCCCUGGCCACAUCACAGGUUGCCAUCCUAGGAACACCCAGUGCUCUGGCCGCUGCCCACUCCUAGCUAUUCUUGGCCAUGUCCUCUUGAGCUGGAGGGGCGGCUCUCACAGGAUGUGGAUGACAGGGACGCAUUUCACUGCAAAGUGCCCACACAGGCGCCCCAGGAACCGUCUGGAGUCUAGGACAGGGGCCGUGAAGAUCCACUGGUUGCGGAUCCAUCUGAACCUAGGGAUGUUUUCUUCCUUACUGGGUCUGGGGGAUGCUCUGAGGGGCGGCAGCAGGACCAGGUCCAAUCGGGGCCAGUGCUAGGGCCAAGGCUGGACACAGCAACAAAGGGAUUGUGCGUGUUCCCAUGGGAGCGGCGUGGCUUCUUCUCCAGGGGAGGUGCCUGUUUGCUUCCCGGGAAAGCUACAUUUCUGAGUUUGGCAAUGCGUCAGCACUCGCCCGGUCCUCACAGGUGCUCCACAUAUUUCGUCUCAAGUUCUGCUCUGCAUAGAACAUGCAACGAUUGGUUUCAGCAGAUUUUAUGGCUCAUUCAGGAAUUUCCAGUGAGUUAUUUUAAUACGCUGUUUCUGGCUAGAUUGAGGCUGCAGCGCCCAUUGAGGGUUUGGUGGACGCCCCAACCUCCAGUUGCAUUUUCAUGCCUUCGAUUCCCUUAUUGCCCUGAGAUGCUAUGCUAACGUUUGUGAAUUGUUCCAGGUUCUUCUUUCUUUGUUCCUCCUGUCAUAAUAAACGUGUUCUCGUCAGAAAAUAAUAACCCCCGUUAACAUU